UUAAAAAAUAUUUAUAUUCAUAAAACCUAAAGUCAUGGCUCGCAUGGGUUUGUUGGGUUUCGUUGCUUUGACCUUCUUUAUCUUAGCUUCCGUGCCUCGUCAAGCAUUGGCAUCGAGCCAUGGCUUUUAUGCUAGAAAGAUCUUUCCAGUUGAACCGUCAUCAUUUAAAGGUUUAUGCUCCUCUGCGGUCACUAUUCAUGGCUACGAGUGUCAGGAACUUGAAGUUACUACCAAAGAUGGGUACAUUCUUAGCCUUCAAAGGAUCCCUGAAGGUCGAAGGAAGGUUAGUGGCCGUGAGACUAAGAAACAGCCAGUGAUAAUACAGCACGGAGUAAUGGUGGAUGGAAUGACAUGGCUUAUGAACUCUCCAGAGCAAAACCUGCCCUUGAUUCUAGCAGAUAAUGGCUUUGAUGUGUGGAUUGUUAAUUCCAGAGGAACAAGAUAUAGCCGCAGACACACCUCUCUGGACCCCUCUAUCAAUGCUUAUUGGAAUUGGUCCUUUGAUGAAAUGGUGACUUAUGAUCUGCCUGCUGUUUUUGAUUAUGUGUCCAAACAAACUGGGCAGAAGAUAGACUAUGUGGGACAUUCUUUGGGAACUUUGGUAGCUUUGGCAUCCUUCUCAGAAGGGAAAUUGGUGAAUCAGCUAAAAUCAGCAGCCUUGUUGAGUCCGGUUGCCUAUCUGAGCCACAUGAAGACAGCACUUGGAGUUGUUGCUGCUAGGUCCUUGCUUGGAGAGUUCUUUACCAUUUCUGGUAUGGCAGAAUUUGAUCCCAAAGGGUUACCUGCUACUGAAUUUGUGAAGUUUCUCUGCCUUAACCCUGAGGUGGACUGCACAAACUUGCUUACUGCAAUAACUGGUGAUAACUGCUGCCUCAAUUCUUCAGUUUUUGAUCAAUUCAUUACGAAUGAACCUCAGCCAACAGCAACAAAGAACAUGAUGCACUUGGCUCAGAUUGUUAGAAGUGGGGUUCUGGCAAAAUUCAAUUACGGAGGAAAAUCUCCUCAAAUCUAUAACCUUUCCAAUAUCCCCCACGACCUCCCUCUCUUCAUAAGCUAUGGUGGCGAAGAUGCACUCGCUGAUGUAAUUGAUGUUAGGAAUAUGCUAGCUGACUUGAAGUUCCACGAUGAAGACAAACUAAGUGUUCAGUACAUCAAGGAAUAUGCUCAUGUAGACUACAUUAUGGGAGUCAAUGCCAAGGACUUAGUGUACAAUGGUAUUACUUCAUUUUUCAAGCAUCAUCAUUAGUUUUAAGACUUGACGAGGAGGAGCUUAGCUUAUAAUAUAUAAUUGCACUAAUAGCAACUUAGUUAAGAUGGAAAGUCGUGGAAUAAAAUAAACUAUCACUAACAUCAAUCCAAGUUAUUUUCAGACGAUACUACACCAUGUAUACUAUAGUUUUGUUACAUUUGGAGGGGAAGUUACAUUUGUAUAUAUUUUUCAGUUCCUGUUAGUUUGUUACAGAUGCUGAGAAUGUAUAUAAAAUAUCCUGUUAUUGAAUGAACUUGGAAGACUAUUUUACCACUUUGA